UCUUUACUCUUCUGCCCCUCCUCCUGGAUCCUUGCCCAUUGGGCCCAGCUGGGGCCAGUAUAAAAGAUGUGCAGAGGAGUGGGAGGGAUCCCGGAGACCUUGAGGCCAUAAGGGAAACCGAGGCGCGCACACAGGUGUCCAUGGCAGGCUGGGUGCUAUGCGUGACCCUGGUGCUGGCGGCACUGGCAGGGGUGGAGGGCGAGAGCCGCUACGAGAAGUUCUUGCGGCAGCACGUGGACUACCCACGGACAUCCACGCUCGCGGCGCACCGCUACUGUGAGACCAUGCUGGCACGCCGGCAGGUGACGGCCCAGGGGAGGCCCUGCAAGCCCUCCAACACCUUCGUGCACGCGCCGGCCCAGGAUCUGGUGGCUGCCUGCUCCCGGGAGCCUGAUGCCUCAGGGUUCCAGAGCACCCCGACAGCCAUGGGCAUAACAGCCUGCCGCCUGCGGGGGGGGGACACCCGGCCCCCCUGUGCCUACCGCGCCCGGCAGGUCCAGCACCACGUGCGGGUCGCCUGCCGGGAUGGGCUGCCCGUGCACCUCGCCGGCACCUACGCGCCCCCGCAGUGAGGCUGGACGUGUGGGGGCUGUAGGUGGGGAUACGGAUUCUCCCUCCCACUGGAGGCUCCAUUAAUGCCUGAAAUAAAGGAGGUGUCACAGGCCUGGGCUCCAGCAUCAGCUUCUGGGGGAAUCUUGUGAUCUUACCCCUCUCUGGUGGCCCCUAGGCCCCUUGGGUGCCCUCAACCCUGUCCAAGGUGGAUCUAGCCACCCAUGUGCCUUAUAAACCCCUUUUCCCAGCAUCAUGGAUGUCCCAUGGACCUGUAGGGUGUCUGACCUUUCCUGUGCCCUCUCUUCCUUUCUUAGUCACUCCACAACUCCUAUGGGUGCCCCAUAACCAUCCCCACUCCCCCAGCCCAGGGUCCCCCUGAUCUCUUGGAUGUGCACCCAGCUCUCUCCCUCAGUAUCCUCACCCUUCAGGUGUCACGUUGCUUUUCUGGAUGCCCCAUACCUCCCACAGGGUCCCACAACCUCCCAUGUGCCUCAUAACCCCCUGGGUACCCCCAGCUUCCCCCAUAUCUGUCCCAUAAACCAUCAGGUGCCCCACAAUCCCCUCUCCCACAUGCCUCUGCCCCCAUCUGUGGCUGAAGCUGCUUCUCGGCCCCCUUGGCACCCCUAUGGGAUUGAGUCCUAGCUGGGGCCAUACACAGCUCUGGAUUAUCACCCCACACACUGAACACACACAAUACACAUGAAACGUGCACAUAACAUACAACCACACUCGCAACACAAAACAUACAACACUCACACCCCUGCUCCUACACCUAGCACACAUACACAAGCGCAUACACACAAUACGCACACACUACACGUACACACAUACACAAGUAUUUUCUUGGGUUUGGAUGGGAUUUCAUGCAUUUCAGCUUGUGUUCAUCACCUUUUGUCCUUCAUUCCUCCCCGUCAGUACUUACCAGUACACCUAAAAUCUCCCCCUGCCUGAGCCUUCUCUUCUCCAGGCUGAACAGUCUCUGCUCUCAGAUGCACCCAGAAAUUGUAGCUGAGGAGGAAAAGAAGUGCAGCGAAUAGACUUCCUGAUCCUUUUUCAUUGCUCCCUCUCCAAGAUAGCUCUUGCUCAUGUGCCUUGAGUAACUCAGCUGCUCUUUUUCUGGAAUUCAGCAGAAAGGCACUUUGAGGGCCCUCCAUGGACUGGUGAGCUCCAACUCUCAGUGCUGCCUGCCCCAGUGAGAAGAGCACUACUUCCUGUGCACUGGAGAGGAAUUGGGGUAUUUCAAGGGCAUUUGGGGCAUUCCUGGCCCAGCAACUUCCAGCACUCACUUCUCCACCCUGUGUUUUAAUAAAUCAUUGCAUUUAUUACUUAA